AAAGAUUAGACUCUGGCAUCGAUUCACUUCUCAUUCAUUUCAUAGCUGUGCAAAAUGGGAGGAGGAAUGAUGGAUGUUUUCCCCUUUCAUAUUGAGCUUUUCCUUCUUUCCUCCUUAUGGUGUAUUCAUCUAUCCUCUAAGUUAAAUAUGUAAGUCUGUAACUUGUUUGAUUUGACCUUUUUCAUUCAUUUAUCAUCCAUUCUUGUGCAUCUAGUCUAGUCAGAACAAGGAAACGCCAGCCGUUUUUCCUUGAAUACAGGGGAAAGGUUCAAUAACGCUCUGUAUGUAUCAAUUGUUGUUGCUUUGUUUUUCAUCUUGAGGAAGAACAGUUGUUAAUAUUUUGCAUAAUUUAUAGUACUAUAAAAUCUUUCUUUAUGAGGGAUGGCGGAGAGUGAAGGGUUUCGGGUGUUGGAAAGGCUCAGGAGAGGGCGCGAUUUGGAGGGGAAGUUGCUGCCGAGGGCAGAUAGUCGAGGCGGCCCCGGUGAUGCGGAUUUUGGAAAGGUGCUGGUGGAUGCUGUGGCGACCAUUGUGAGGUGCGUGGCCAUGAGGCAGAGUAAGGAUUCUGGGGACUACUGGAGGGUACUUGAUUUGGUGGUAGAGGUUAGACCUUGGUUCAGGGUAUUGGAUGCCAAUGCAUAUGAUAAAUUGAACAGGGUGCUUGUGACCUAUCUUGGUAAAUGUACUCUAUUUUUGGUUGGGGAGAUGAAGAGUUUUGAUGGGGACUUGUUUUCGAGGCAAAUAUGUUCUUCUCCGUUCUCGCAGCAGGGAAGUGGGAGCUCAAUCUUAGUGAACAUAUUAAUACGGGUGCUGGACUUCAUUGCCGGUAAAUGCAAGGUUGAUUUGCAAAAUGGUGGAGUAGAGUUUGUUGAACUUGUUGCUUAUUGUGCCAUUAAGUGUCGAACUGCAGGUGCAAUAUUUUGUAGUACUCUUGCAAGACAUCUAAAAAGACUGCUAGAUGAUUUUCAUCAGACUGCAACCCCAUUUCAUCUGAUACUGUGGCUUUAUGCAACUGGAUUGGGUUUCACUGAGCAGGAUGCUAAAUCUAAGGCUGAUGAUUUUUCUUCCUCCAUAAGUGCAGAACAUGAGUCUGCAAUUAGACUUUUGUCUCUUGAUGGGGAUAAGCUCCAAGAUUUAGUUUCUUUGCUUCAUUUGCUGGAAAGUUAUUUCUCUAUUUAUCAAAAAGGGACUUCCAAGCCAUCUGCAGUUGAAUAUAAGAAUCCUGUUAGUCGAACGUGUUUAGAGUUUAAUUCCAAGAGUCAGGCUUCCACUACUGGCCUUGAGAAAGAUAGAAAAGCUUAUCUAUUGAUGUACUUGCGUGCAAUGCAGUUCUUGUGUCAACCACUUGCUGAACAAGUAAAUUCAGAGAAAAAACAAAUAGUUGCUGAAAUUGAAUCCACUUCGGUUCCUAGUAAACUACGUGGUAUCCAGGAUGCAUUUUAUCAGUUCUGUGAUACUUUCCUUUAUCAUUACAGAUUUUUAUCUAAAACAGAGAGAGAUGAAUUUGAUGACAUGCCCAUACUUGGUGUUUUUAUGGCGGGGAUCACACUUUCUGUCUGUACAAAGUUUAAAAUGCAGGAAAAUGAGCAUUUUAUCAAGCAAAUCAUUUCCAGUGAAUGGGUUCAACCUCAGGGCUUGAAAUAUCUCUCUGCGUCUCUCUACAACACUGGAGUUCUUCUGUACAGAAAUAAACAGAUUAAAGAGGCAUCAGAGAUGUUAAAAUUGUGUUAUAGAACAUCAUGGGCUUGUGUUGAACUUCUUUGCCGGCUAUUUGUGGAUAAAGAAAAGGGUCUCAAUGAUCAGCUGAAGGAAGAUGCUAUUUCAAAUUUCAUUACUGAAGCAUGUACCCGAAGUGUCUCCUAUUUUGAAGUUCUCCAUCAAUGUAGCGAUGCUAAGGUGGAAAAUAGAAUUUUAGAGAGUCUUGAAUAUUGGUCUGCUGCUGAAAAGUUGCUUAAAGGGAUGCCAAGUCCUAUGCCUUUGGUAAAACAGUGGGUUAAGAUGCAAUGUAAACUACAUAUCAAUGUAGACCUAGAGGACAGUUCUCCAAGCUUAUAUUCUUCCCUAUCAUCUUCAGCAAAGGUAUCGAAGAGUGCAAUUUGCACAAUAGUAGAGCAGGAGCUUCUAGCAUAUGAAGAAAUGUAUCCACGGUACCCUGAUUUUUGUCAGAGAAUGCAAAUCAAAACUAUAGAUUUUCUCUUACAACACAUGUAUGUUACAAAAGAAAGCUCCUUUCACAAAUCAAGAAUCUUGAUUAGGAAGGGAAGAGCAUUAAGGGCCAAUGGAAUUGAAAGUCUGAAGGACUGUAUUCUGUGUUUGUCUGAAGCUAUAUCUAUAAUGAAAAAGAUAUGUGGCAAAACAUGUAUGUCUGGAGCUGCACCUUGUCAUCAACUUGCUGCUGCAUAUUGCUUGCGUGCACUUUGUAUGCAGGAAGCUGAACCAGACUCAAAGCAAAUUUCUCAAGACAUUAAUGCUGCCUUGGAUCUGUGGCUGAGCAUAUCCUCUACUGAUCAUUGCUCUGUGGAUGAUGAGUUCAGUUUGGUGCUCAGAAACACUGUCGUCUUGCUAUAUAAUGUAGUUGAUUUGUUAUCAAUUAAGGGUUGCACGGAAUUUCACAGUGAUAUAUAUGAGCUGAUUAUUAGAUUUUAUAAAUUGAAGAAUGUGCCACUGCAGAAAUGUGUGGCUACCCUCUGGGAAUGUAGAAGGCUUAAUCAUGCUCUUUGUGUUUCUCCCAUUAACGAGGCAUUCAUAACGAAAUUAUCAGAGCAUUGUGGUGAAAAUUCGAAAUUGAUUGAUUUCUGGGUGCAGUGUCUUGGGAGUUCCAAACCAUUGCUUAUUGGAUUGAAACAAAAUCUCUCCUUUUUCUUUAACAACUUUACUCAUGCCUCUAACAAUCCCAGAAGGGAUAUCCAUUCAGGUGCCUCAAUUAAAGAUGUAAAAGAGGUUGUCUCCGAACUCAUUUCAAAUGAUCCUGUUCCCAGUCGUUCUGCUUUCCUAGCUGGUUGUCUCUGCCAUGACUUGUCUGAAAGACUAAUUGCCAAUGGAAGAUUAUUUGAGGCUCUUUCCUACGCAGAAAAAGCCCAUGGAUUGCGCACUCAGCUUUUCAGAGAGAAAUUUACAUACACUGUUGAGAAGCAAAUUGAAGAACAUAAUGGAACUGGUGAAGUUGCUCAGAAGGUUAUUACAUGUAGUCCUAAAAGCCUUCAAGUGCUUAAGUCAGUUGCUUGUGAAGUUUGGUCUUUCAAGACUAGUUCAUGGGACCCUGUUGACUUUAAUCUUAGUGCAUGGAAUGUACUUCACUGUUAUCUUGAAAGCAUUCUUCAGGUUGGAAUCAUCCAUGAAAUGGCUGGAAAUGGUGUUGAGGCUGAAACUAUGUUAUCAUGGGGAAAAAGCAUCUCUUGUUCACUGAGCUUGGCACUAUUUAGAGCUGCCUUUUCUUCCGUCUUAGGGAAACUAUAUCGUAAGAAACAGCUAUGGGAUUUGGCAGAAAAGGAACUACAAAGUGCUAGACAAGUUUUGGCAGAUAAGAGCAUAAAUUUUACUUGCUUGAAGUGCAGACUGAUGCUGGAAGUCAAUGUUGAUCAGCAACUUGGUGAUUUGUUCCGAAAUCUCUUUGAUUGUUCAAAAGGAAGUAAUUUAAGAGAGAGAUUAUCUCAAGCUGAAGACCUGUACAGAAAUGCCCUUGAGAAACUCAAUCAUUCUGAGUGGAAAAACUCUAUUAGUUGUUUUGAUAAAGAAAGUGCCACUCACAUUGCAGCAGAUCAGUCAGACACAAUGGAUAUUGGAAAGCCUAGAAAAACAAAAAAACUCCCAAAGUCUGUGCUGAAGGAGAAAAUUUUGAUAUCAGAACGUAGUUCAAGGUUAACACGUUCUAAAUAUCGAUCAUCUCAAAACCAGACUACAAACGGUGCUGUUGAGGCUCAAGUUGGCCUUUCAGAACAUUCAAAAAGUGAUACUGUGUUGGGAGAUGCUCCUAUUGAAAAUGAAUUACUCUUGGAAGGGAGAGACCGUAUGGAUGGAAGGGAAGAUGAAGUUGCAUGCAUUUGCAAUAAGCUGAAGUGUUGGCAGUGCCUUCCAUUGGAAGUUAUGAAGUCUGGGUUUCUGAGCAGUUAUAUAAAUGUAAAGUGGGAAUUUGCCCGCAGGCGACUUUCAGUUAGGGUUCUCGGUGGCAUAGGGAAAUGCUUGGGAUUUUGUCGCCAGUCCCAUGAGACACAUGAAGUUAUUCUGCAAAGCAUAUCUGUCUUAGUCAGCAGAAACCCAAUUAGUCAGAGUUAUUCCACUGUCCACAUUACUUUCUUGCUUGAUUUGAUUGGGAAGGAAUUCUCUGGAGAUGCCUUUGCCAUUGAACGUGCAGCAAUACUGUAUAUCAUGAGUUGGUUCUCUUUGAAGACUUUCCAUUCUAAGGAUACCAGGAUUUUCUUUGGUGAUUUGGCUCACGUUCAGCUAUCAAAAAUAGUCUUUUGGUUGAAGCUAGCAUUUGUACUCUCUCGUGAGGUUCCUAUACUUUUCCAAAAGGUUUCUAGAUUGCUUGCUGCAAUGUAUCUGCUUUCUGCCAACAGUAAGCAGUUUUCUUUGCCAUCUUCUUGCAAAGCGCUCUCUGAAAGUUAUUGGGCUUCAUAUUUUCAUCAAGCUUCACUUGGGACUCAUCUUAACUACCAGUUCCUUUCAAUUGGUGGGAGAGUUAAAACUCAACACUCUAUAAAUCCUGAGGGUUCAUAUCCAGCUAGUUCAACCUGCUCGAGCACAGAAAAAUCCAUCUUAUUCAGGUUUCAGCUGUCAUAAUUGCAGAAUCAAGAAUGUUUUACUCUUCUAGUCUUCAUGCUUUCUUUCUGCUUUUGCUCACUUUGUUCCCUUUUUUUUCUCUCUCUUAUUUAUUUAUUUAUUUUUAUUUUUUUAUAAUUAUUAAAAUUUUCACAAUUAG